AAAAUAAUUCGACUAAAAUAAAACUCAUAUCUGCUCCGCUGGAGAAACAACAGUAACAAGCUUGAAAAAGUCUACUUAAGCACCGAAUCUUGUUCAACAUUUUCACUACCAAAAAUUGAAACUCGACCUCAACCACCAAAUAAUGGCCUCAUCCUACUUCUAUCUUCUUCUUGCUCUCCCUCCCCUUAUCAUAUUUAUUUUUCACAAAAUUCUCCGCAAGGAAAAAUUAUUAUCAGUCCAUUCAAAUCCGCCCGGGCCACGGGGACUUCCGUUCAUAGGAAACUUGCACCAGCUCGAUAUUUCCAACCUGUCGAACCAACUAUGGCAACUCUCGAAAAUUUACGGUCCAGUGAUGUACCUGAAGCUUGGUUAUUUGCCAGCUAUAGUCAUUUCUUCUCCAAAAUUGGCUAAGGCCGUUUUAAAAACUCAUGACUUGUCAUUUUGUAGCAGGCCUACUUUGUUCGGAUUAAAAAAAUUGUCGUAUAAUUGUUCUGAUGUUGUUCUGUCACCUUAUAAUGAUUAUUGGAAGGAGAUGAGAAAGAUUGUGACUCUGCAUCUGUUUAGCUCCAGCAGAGUGCAUUCUUUUCGGGCUGUUCGCGAGGAAGAAGUUUUUCAGAUGAUUCGGAGGAUAUCUGAAGAAGGUUCUUCAGGUGUAGCAACAAAUUUGACUAGUAAAAUAAUGCCACUUACGAGCACUAUAGUUUGUAGAGUUGCUUUCGGGAAGAAAUUUGAUGAAGGGUACACGAGGAAAUUUGAGGGGAUGCUUCAGGAGUGUCAGGUUGUGCUGGCGAAUUUUUACUUUUCGGAUAAUUUUCCGUUGUUGGGAUGGCUAGAUAAGUUGAUCGGAUCAAGUGCUCGGCUGGAUAAGAUUUUCAAGGACAUGGAUGUGUUCUAUCAGGAAUUAAUUGAUGAGCAUAUUAGUCCGUCGAGGCCGAGCUCUAUGGACGGUGAUGUUAUUGACAUCUUGCUUCAGUUGAAAAAUGAUCCUCAGUCAUCUUCAAUUGAUAUCAGUUUUGAUAACAUCAAGGCAAUUCUGAUGAAUAUAUUUAUUGCUGGAACAGAAACAACAGCAGGGACAACAAUAUGGACCAUGACGAACCUAAUAAGGAAUCCGAGAGUAAUGAAGAAGGUUCAAGAAGAAGUGAGGAAGUUAAUGAAUGGAAAAGACAGAAUCGACGAGGAGGGUCUACAAAACACAGAGCUUCCUUAUUUAGAGGCAGUUAUCAAGGAAUCUUUGCGGUUAUACCCUAUUGUCCCUCUUCUGAUUCCCCGGGAAUCGAUAGAGGACUGCGACUUGGAAGGCUAUAAAAUAAAAGCCAGGACUAUAGUUUAUGUAAAUGCUUUGGCCAUUGGGAGGGAUCCUGAAGUUUGGGAAAAUGCAGAGGAGUUUUACCCUGAGAGGUUCCUGGACAGCGAAAUAGAUUUCAAAGGACAGGAUUUCGAGUUCAUUCCCUUUGGAGCGGGCCGAAGAAUCUGCGCUGGAAUGUACAUGGGGACUACUACAUUGAAGCUUAUACUUUCUAAUCUGUUGUAUUCAUUUGAUUGGGAAUUGCCUGAUGGAAUGGUGAAGGAAGAUGUGGACACUCAAGUGUUGCCUGGUAUAUCAAUGCAUAAGAAGAAUCCGCUGUGCCUAAUAGCCAAGAAGUAUAACUGAUCCGCGGAGCUUCGUUAAGUAAACAACGAUCCAUUUGGACCGGAAUCACGAUUGGAUAGCCUUGUGGUGCAGUAUCAUGGUUGUGCAUGCAUUCUUCAUUUGGUAGUGAUAAAGGGUUGCGGGACUUGGUUCCUGUGACGGUAGAUUAAAUUUUAUUAAAUGAUCUGCGAAUACGAGUGCUUAGAUUAAAAGCCUCUGUGGUUUUGUGAGUA